CAAUUUUCUUUCAUUUAUCCAUUUUCACUAACCCCGUGCUCUCCCUUUUCUCAUCUUUGAUCAUCUUUUCUGCUGAAAAGGUUUGCACUUUUGGGUGGUUUCUUUUUGGAAUUACAGAACUCUCAACAACUUUUGGCAUUGUUCAUUGAAAAGGGUGUUGCUUUCUGGUGGAGUUUUUAUAUGUAGAAUUAAUGGUUCGAUUUUUUCUUCUUUCCCGUGGAUUCGCAUCUAUACAUCUCCUUUUUCUACGAUAUAUAUGCCUUUGCAGCUUUUCUUUUUCCUGAUUCUUUUUAUGAAUUAUUUGUAUCAACCAAAGGUUUACUUUUAUUCUUUUAUAGAUUAGAAGGCUUUAGAAAGUUGAAACCAAGAAUUUCCAUUUUUUUGGGCUUUGUUAGUUAAUUCUGAGUGUCUUUUUUUUUUGGAAGCAGUUUAAGAAUUGUAUUCAUGGAGUGGUCUGAUCGUUAGAUUGGAAGUGGCAAAGUGUAUUGGGCAAUUUUUAUUUAAGGUAAAUUAUUCAAGUGAUUUGAAAUGAAACUCCAAAGGAAUAGUUAUUUCAAGGCUGUGAUUUCAAAAGGGUUGUUUUCAGAUGAGAAAUUUAAGAAAUUGAAGAACCAAUCAAGGCAAUGUGAAUUGGUAAUAUGAUUCUUGGCUAUGAAUUCGGAAGGAAUUGAUUAGAUUUGGUGAAAAGGAAUUCUAUGAUUGAAGGAUAUUGGGGUUGUGGCUGUCUAGCUGUUCUGGAGUGCAUAUUAAGCAUUAUCAGGGCCCUCCAAAUGGGGUCCUGCUUUUCUGCUGAAAGCAGGAGUCCUCUCUCUGGAUCGCCUUUGUCCCCUCAUCCAGCUUUUGACUACCGGAAGAAGAGGAAUUCAAGGAAGAAGCCAGGGUCUGUUGACUUCAGAAAGGAAGAACAAUUGCAUAGGAUUCCAGGGAGGUUGUUCUUGAAUGGCUCCAGUGGUGUUGCUUCUCUCUAUACUCAACAAGGCAAGAAAGGAACCAACCAAGAUGCCAUGAUUGUUUGGGAGAAUUUUGGUUCUAGAACAGAUACAGUUUUCUGUGGUGUUUUUGAUGGCCAUGGUCCCUAUGGUCAUAUGGUAGCAAAGAAAGUGAGGGACCAUCUUCCCUUAAAACUGAGUGCUCACUGGGAAGUUAAUAUAUCCAGUGAGGAUGUUCUCAGAGAGAUCAGUUUGAACACUGCAGGAAGUGUGAACUCUGAAGAAACUGCUCUUAUAUCUGCUGAUAAGGACUCUAGGGCCUCUGUAGAUCUUGAUGUAACAGAAAAGAAUCCAGACAUCUUUAAGACCCUUAAAGAGUCUUUUCUGAAGGCUUUUAAGGUGAUGGAUAGGGAACUUAGAUUGCAUACUAAUAUUGAUUGCUUCUGUAGUGGGACAACAGCUGUAACUUUGGUCAAACAGGGUCCAUAUCUUGUUGUUGGAAAUGUUGGGGACUCCAGAGCUGUCCUCGCCACAAGGGACAAAGACAAUUCACUUAAAGCAGUUCAGUUGACUGUUGAUCUCAAACCAAAUCUUCCAGCGGAAGCGGAGAGAAUUCGAAAUUGUAAAGGUUGUGUCUUUGCUCUUCAUGAUGAACCUACAGUUGCCAGAGUUUGGCUGCCAAACAAUGAUGCACCUGGCCUUGCCAUGGCACGGGCUUUUGGAGACUUUUUCCUCAAGGAUUUUGGUCUGAUCUCCGUGCCCGAAAUAUCUUGUAGAUGCCUAUCAGAGGAGGAUGAAUUUAUUGUCUUGGCGACAGACGGGAUUUGGGAUGUUCUUUCAAACAAAGAAGUGAUAGAUAUUAUAGAAUAUGCCCCAGCUUGUUCGUCUGCUGCUCGAACCUUGGUCCAAACAGCAGUUCGAGCAUGGAGAUACAAAUAUCUGACUACAAAAGUUGAUGACUGUGCUGUUGUAUGCCUCUUCCUUGAUUCUAACUUAAGCAAUUUAUCUUAUGCUUCCAAUACCUAGGAAAAAGUGCAGCUAAAUUCAAUGGAUCACAUUAACAAUGAGACUGAGAAUGUCGAUAGUCUCAAUGUCUUAACCAGUCUCAACUGGUCUGGAACUGUGCGAAUUGACAAAGAAGAUUCCUCGAAGUUUAAGCAGGAAGAAGUGAAUUCAGAAUUAGGGUUAGAAUGGUCUGCCCUUGAAGGAGUAUCUCGUGUCGAUACACUUUUGAAUCUGCCAAGGUUUGUUCCUGGAAAGGAGGAUGAGAAGGCUUGGAAAUGAGGUCUGGUCAGUACCUUUCUCGUCUUUUUAAUUUUAUUUCAUUAAAUUUUGCUUUGCUUCGCUUCUUUUAUGUUGUUCUUUCUAUAGAAGAUUGAUUGAUGUUGAAAAAUUUGGAUCGGAGAGGUGAGCCCGGUUGUAUUAGUGAGUCCGGGAAUUUGUCCUUAUUCUCUAGUUUAGUGUGGGUAGAAUUGGAAUUUUUGUAAAUCCAAUUCACCGUCUAUUUUUGUUUCCUUAAUAUAUAUUAUUCUAUUUUUUUUCCCUUCUAAUUUCAUGUGUGGUUUGUUGGCAACUGUACGUGGAUAAUAAAAUUUUCGACAGUGAAGCCUCUUUAGGUUUCAACUUGAAGGGCUUGAGCAUGAUUGUAUUUCAUCUAGUUAUUUUUAUUUAUUUAUUUAUUUUGUGUUUGUUCA